AUGCCACGCACAUCUUCAUUAAGAGCUCCAGAUCUCAUCGAAUUCUUUGAAGGAACUGGCACGGAUGAUCAAGGCCGCAGUCUAUCACAAAUUUUAGCCUGGUCUGAUGAGAACUUAGAAUGGAGCCAUGACUACAUCCAAACCGUCUUCCCUUUGCCAGAGCGCUCUGACUUUCAAUACACUGUAGCAGUCAUUGACGAACGUGUUUUCGACUCGUUUCGAGCACGAAAAGACCUCCGCGAAAGUUUGCGAACUGCUUUCAAGAGAAUUCUUUCUUUCUAUGGGUUCGAGCUCAGUGAAAGCGAGUCUGGUGACCCUGUAGUCAAAAAGGGAGCCAACUACAAAACCAAUCCAAAAGUAUGGAACCGGCGAAUGGACCAUAAUCAUCUCCGCAUAACCCGGAUUCUACGAUCGCUUCGGAUAUUAGGACUGGAGGCAGAAGCUCUGGCAUGGACCAAUACACUCUUGCCCCUCGCAGAUCAUGCCAGCGAAUCGUCUAAAGGGUUCUGGAGACGAGCUGCGCAGCGAAGCCUCAACAUCCCACCAGAUGAUAUGCGCUCUAAGGACGAUGACAGAACUGUUGGGAAACCUUUUCUGAUCAAAUACGAAGAAAAUCGCACAAACAACACGCCAGCUGCUGAUGGAGGUAAUGGCGCAGAAGCUAAGCCUGGUGGUGAAGAGAAAUCUAAGCAUACCAUCACCCAGGAUGCCGACGGUGGAUUAGAGGAUAAUAGACCAGUAAAAAGAUCACGACCGACGUGA